CAUUACGUGCAGACAUGUUUCUUCCUGUACAGUAAUAAAUUUUCUUUAAAUAGACUACUCAUGAUCAUGUACGCAUCAAAUUAUCUUCCUGAGAGUAAAUGAUGCCAUACAGACAUUUUUGUAAACUUGGACAUAAAAGUGUUAAAAGUCCUGUAUAAAAAGUUUCAGCAAAAGAAUGGAGUGUAUGAAAUAUCUACUAACAGCUAUUUCCAUUAUCUGUCUAACAAAUCACGUAACAUUGAACAGACUUGAAGUCAACCAUUCUAAUGAAGUGACGUGGAUAGGCGUGCGUGAACUGUUUCAAAACAGGCCAAAUUACACUACAAUUAAGGCUACUGGUGUAGCCAUCACAGGAUAUAGUAAGCCACUCGUACGUCUGCUGAGCAAACACAUGGGAAAACGCAUACAUAUACAAGAAGAACCAAACGAUGUGGGAAUUAGCACGGUCAUUGAUGACGACGAGGAUUGUAAACUUGAAUUAUGUAAAAAAUGCAUUAGCCUGUUCCGACAUGAUGUAUAUACCUCUGAAGCAAACUUUGUUUACCUUAAAUUGAACCCAGCUUCUGGUGUUACUAUAAGAGGAAGAAAACAAAUUGUUGGAGAAGACUUAUGGGUUUGGACUUUCUCUGGAAAGGAAGGCGGGUUUGGUUUUCUAAAGUGGCCAAUAGAAUUUGGAAUUUGGUCGAUGGGACUGCUAACUAGUUACGCUCUUACCACUCCACAAGACAUUAUAAUCAAGAAAGUAUCAGGAAAUUGUUCAAAUUUAGAAGUAGGAAGACCCAAGGACGACAAGAUUAUUAGUAAUGCCCUCUUGAACUUGACACUGGAAAUGAUGGAAUUAUCAGAAGAAAAAUAUGCACCAAGUUAUUUCUGUUACAAAAGAAGAAAAAUAAUCAAAACAGAUUUAUUGUAUACCUUUUGUAAACACAUCGUGUGCCCUCUUGAAGCGCUUGAAUACGUCUGUUGCAGUUAUUAUUACGAAGUACCCCUUCAGAAAAGGGCCCUCACGUGUGAUUUCCCAAAGCGCGUGAUUGAAUAUGAAACCGUUGGCUGGAUAUUACCAAUUAUUGUUUCAAUGGUUUUGUUCGUGUAUUUUCCUUUGUUUCUUCUUUACUCAGCUCACAUUUUGUUUGAUCAGAAUGAAGGCUAUCCCAUUACUGUAUCAGAAACUAAUUCACUGGAAGUUCACGAAAGUAUCAGUUUAUCGGACAAAAUUAUUUGGCUUAAUGAGCACGCACAUGUGACUUUAUUUAAAACUCUGUUUUCACCAAUCAGGAAAUGUCGAGAAUUCUUUGUGUCAAAAGAAACUGGACCCUGUCAGUUUGUUCUAAAAAGAUUUAAACGAAUUUUUCUUCCUUGUCUCAGCUUGCUAGUUAUUGGACUGCAAGUUUGCAUCGACUUCUGGUUUCUUCAUUCUUUUGUUUUAACAAGUGUCAAUAAAGGUGUGCCUAUGGGGUUUCGUUCCCUCAUUGUCGGGUAUCGAGACAGUAAAGAAAAUUUUCUUCCGUACCUCGGAGGUCCUUAUAUUGCUAUUGGAUCGUAUUUGUUUAUCACAAGCAUACUUAUUAUCAUCCCUGACAAUUUGUCAUCCCUGCUUAUUUCCGGUCUGCCCGGAAAUGACGUAAAUGAAAGUGUAUCACCCUUGUGUAUUCGGUCUCGUUCCAUCGAGCAUUUUGGUUCCGUCUGCAUUCGUAAAAAACAUAACUAUCUAAAGUUGUAUAGUGUUUUUCUGGCUCAGUUUUACAUGUUUAUCAACAGUAGAUACUGGAAGCAUAUGUUCCGUGUACAAAAGGCGCGUUGGCAAUACUUUUACUGUUCAAAAAUUUGCGUUGUUUUCUUUCCAUUUUAUAUCAUCAUUUGUACCAUUGAAAUAUUCCUAUGUAUAGUGGUUUACGGUUUUCCAGUUGUGUCAUUUGGUUUGACUAUAAUCAAAGCAUACUGCGGCAAGCUGAACAUGUCACAGAGGCGACGUUUCUGUGUAAAAACCUUGUAUAUUUUUGUCGCAAUCAUUCUGAUCGCUUGUGUGUUCUUUUUCUUACACAUGUUCUGCACAAUAUUCAUGGAUGCUACUCUAUUUUUCACAAGAUUGGUGUUUUUUACGUUCACCGGCGUAGUUGUGUACCCAAAAGUAUCUUAUGGGUAUCUGAUUUUCACACUCACCGUCAUUUAUUAUCUCUGGCAGAGCAUCCAGGACUUCUCUCUUGUUUAUCAAGACCUUUUGAAAGACACCAUUAGUAUUUGUUUUUCUUUACAAAGGGCCGAUGGCACAGAUUUUCUUGUGACCCAGAAGGGAGAUUUCAGGGGUGUCAGGGAAUCACUGUUUGAACACGUAAUAGAAAACAACAUCCCAAAGAGGAAACAAGUGUUUAUCUCUUUAUUUAAAGUUGCUAUUAUUUUGACUGUUUUGGGACUUCUUAUUAACAUAUUGAUCGAAACUGACGGGUUUCGACAACUGCAAACUAUCGUGCAGGUAGGAACAGCUCUGUUUAUCUGCUCGUUGCCGCAAAUACUGAAAAUGAUGUGCCAUGGACAUGGGGGCAAGUUCAAACAACGACGAUUUCGCAGAGAACUAACAAGCACAAUCAUUAACUACGUCGGUAACAAUAUGGAAUCAGCCGAAUCUUCAAACUCCGAUGAUUAAACAGUGAAUAUUAAAACAUUAUAGGAAUAAGCUUUUAGCAAAAUACCUAAACAAAGGAGUAUGUCCUUGGUUUCAAAAGAAUAAGGGUUAUACAGACAUUUCAAAUAUGCUUUAGGAAAAAAAUGCUACUGCAUUAAAAUAACCCUGAUGUUAAGACUUGUAUUUUCAACAAAACUUGGGCAGAUUUUUGUAUGUUUCUUUUUACAAUCUGACGCAAUUUAUAUACUUUAUAAAGUGAAGUUUCUAGAAUGGUAAGCAAGUAGUGUGUUGGAAAAGUAUAAUUACUUUCUAUAUUAUUUAGAGAACUUGUUAUACAAGUCGAUGUAUGAUGCAAACUGCAUUUAGUAUUUUUGAAAUGACAAGAGAUGUGUGUUUUGCUUAAUCUUUUUCUUUUAAAAGUUUAAAUCCUUGUUUCAAUUUGAUAAAACUGUAAAUUAACAAAUAAAAGGUAUAAAUGUUUA